UUCAUAACAACAGCUGGAAACGGCUAACAAGCUAACUAACCGACUCAGGCUGCUACUUUUGUUUAUUAUUCGCGGUUACGGUCCGUUUACCGCAGCGGGGAGUUUCACCGGCGACGGAGCGGAAUGAUAGCUGGAGGCCGUCGUCAUUAACGCACCGAGAGAUGACAUAAAGACGGUUACUGCAUUAGUUUGUUACCGUUAGCAGCCGUUAGCGGCAUCACCUGAACCGCCCGCUGCUUGCUAACAUUAGCCUGCUGCAACACACACACACACACACCGUCAUCACCAACAGCAGCGGACCUGUCAACAUCAGCUGACGUUGAGGCGUGAUGGGGAAUCAGCUGGCGGGGAUCGCCCCGUCACAGAUCCUGUCUGUAGACAGCUACUUCUCAGAUAUCCAUGACCAUGAGUACGACAAGAGCCUGGGCAGCACCCGCUUCUUCAAAGUAGCCCGGGCCAAACACCGUGAGGGCCUGGUGGUGGUCAAAGUCUUCGCCAUCCAGGACCCUUCGCUACCUCUGACCAGCUACAAACAGGAGCUGGAGGAGCUGAAGAUCAGACUGCACUCCUGCCAGAACUGUUUGCCCUUUCAGAAAACCUCCCUGACCGAGAAAGCAGCCAUCUUGUUCCGUCAGUAUGUCCGGGACAACCUGUACGACCGCAUCAGCACCCGACCCUUCCUCAACAACGUGGAAAAACGGUGGCUUGCCUUCCAGAUCCUCAACGCUGUCGACCAGGCGCACAAAGCUGGCGUCCGCCACGGUGACAUCAAGACUGAGAACGUGAUGGUGACCAGCUGGAACUGGGUGCUGCUCACUGACUUUGCCAGCUUCAAGCCCACGUACCUACCAGAGGACAACCCCGCAGACUUCAACUACUUCUUCGACACGUCCAGGCGGAGAACGUGCUACAUCGCACCAGAGAGGUUUGUGGAUGGAAGCAUGUUCACCACAGAGAGCGACCAGAAUACACCGCUGGUGGAUCUGACCAACAACAACCAGAGGAGCAGAGGGGAGCUCAAACAGGCCAUGGACAUCUUCUCUGCAGGCUGUGUGAUAGCUGAGCUGUUCACAGAGGGCGUCCCUCUCUUCGAUCUGUCCCAGCUGCUGGCGUAUCGUAAAGGACACUUCCAGACGGAGCAUGUUCUCAUGAAGAUCGAGGACCGGAGCAUCCGGGACCUGGUAGCUCAGAUGGUGCAGAGAGAGCCAGAGAAGCGUCUGACAGCGGAGGAGUAUCUGAAGCAGCAGAGAGGAAAAGCCUUCCCCGACAUCUUCUACACCUUCCUGCAGCCGUACAUGGCUCAGUUCGCCAAAGAGACCUUCCAGUCCGCAGAUGAGCGAGUGCUCGUCAUCCGCAAAGACCUCGACAACAUCCUGCACAACCUGCGAGGAGGCUCUUCUUCUUCGUCUCAGGAAAGCAGCGAUGGCGUGCUGAGCUCCAGAGAGGAGCAGGGCCUCAUCGUCCUGGUGUCCGUCAUCACCUCCUGCCUGCAGACGCUGCACUCCUGCGACUCCAAACUGGCAGCGUUGGAGCUCAUCCUGCACCUGGCGCCACGGCUAGGCGUCGACAUCCUGCUUGACCGCAUCACACCCUACCUGCUGCACUUCUGCAACGAUCCCGUUCCUCGUGUACGUGCUCAGGCCGUGCGCACUCUGGCCAAAGUGCUGGCGCUGGUGAAGGAGGUGCCAAGGAACGACGUCAAUAUCUACCCAGAGUACAUCCUGCCAGGCAUCGCCCACCUCGCACAGGAUGAUGCCACCAUUGUCAGGCUGGCGUACGCAGAGAACAUCGCUCACCUGGCAGAGAGCGCGCUGCGUUUCCUGGAGCUGGUUCAGGAGAACAAUGUGAACACAGAGCAGGACCUAAGCGGAGAGGACACAGAGGAAAUGCUCCAUCCCAACGAGAACUACGACUCAGAGCUGCAGGCGCUGCAUGAGAUGGUGCAGCAGAAGGUGGUGACGCUGCUGAGCGACUCAGAGAACAUUGUCAAACAGUCGCUGAUGGAGAACGGCAUCACGCGGCUCUGCGUGUUCUUCGGCCGGCAGAAAGCCAACGAUGUGCUGCUGUCUCACAUGAUCACCUUCCUCAACGACAAGAACGACUGGCACCUGCGAGGAGCCUUCUUUGACAGCAUCGUGGGUGUGGCAGCGUACGUCGGCUGGCAGAGCUCCUCCAUCCUGAAGCCUCUCCUCCAGCAGGGUCUGAGCGACACUGAGGAGUUCGUCAUCUACAAAGCUCUUAACUCUCUCACCUGCAUGUGUCAGCUGGGUCUGCUGCAGAAACCUCAUAUCUACGAGUUUGUCAGUGACAUCGCUCCGUUCCUGUGUCAUCCCAACCUGUGGAUCCGUUACGGGGCGGUGGGCUUCAUCACUGUCAUCGCACAGCACCUCAACGUGGCUGACGUAUACUGCAAACUGAUGCCUCACCUCAACCCCUUCAUCACCCAGCCCAUCAUCCAGAUCGAUAAGGAGCUCGUCCUGCUGAGCGUCCUGAAGGAGCCGGUCAGUCGCUCCAUAUUUGACUACGCCCUGCGCUCCAAAGACAUCGCCAGCCUCUUCCGCCACCUGCUGCUUCGACAGAAGAAGCGUGCUGGAUCCAUCCCAGAAUGCCCCACUCCUGAGGACCCGGCCAUCGCUCAGCUCCUCAAGAAGCUGCUCUCACAGGGGAUGACCGAGGCGGAGGAGGACAAGCUGCUGGCGCUCAAAGACUUCAUGCUGAAAUCCAACAAGGCCAAAGCCAACAUGGGCGAGCAGAGUCACCUGGGAGAGGCGGCCCAGACCGGUGUCAUCGACCUGGCUCUGCUCGGCAUCACGGGCCGCCAGGUUGACCUGGUUAAACCUAAAGCUGAGCCCGAGGACAAGAGAGAGUUCAUCGCUGCAGCAUCUGCGAGGAAGCACACAAAGCAGGACUCCACAAUGAACGAGGAGUGGAAGAGCAUGUUUGGAUCUCAGGAACCGCCCUCCGCCCAGCCCGCCACGGUCACUGAUGGGCCGGCCACUCAGAUAAGGAAGAGCACGGCGGCCCCGGCGGUGCCCGUGCUGCAGUCGGUGGCGAGCGGCCCCGCUUACCAACGUCGCAUCAACACCUGCAAGGCGGAGCUGCAGCAGCUGGUCCAGCAGAAGAGGGAGCAGUGCAGCGCCGAGCGCAUGGCCAAACAGAUGAUGGAGAGUGCCGAGUGGGAGAGUCGACCUCCUCCACCUGGGUGGCAUCCUAAAGGGCUGCUGGUCGCUCAUCUUCAUGAACACAAAGCAGCUGUGAACCGCAUCAGAGUCUCAGACGAGCAUUCCAUUUUCGCCACGGCGUCCAACGACGGCACCGUCAAAGUCUGGGACAGUCAGAAGAUGGAGGGGAAAACCACGACCACCAGGUCUGUGUUGACGUAUUCUCGUAUCGGCGGCCACGUGAAGACGCUGACCUUCUGUCAGGGGUCACAUUACUUGGCGGUGGCUUCAGACAACGGAUCCAUCCAGCUGUUGGCGGUCGAAGCAAACAAACCACCAAAAUCCCCCAAAGUUCAGCCCUUCCAGACCAGGUCUCUGGACCUGCAGGAGGACGGCUGUGCAGUCGACAUCCACCAUUUUAACUCUGGCGCUCAGUCGGUGCUGGCAUACGCAACUGUCAACGGCUCGCUGGUUGGCUGGGACCUUCGCUCCAACUCCAAUGCCUGGACGCUCCGCCACGACCUCCGCCUCGGACUCAUCACCUCCUUUACGGUCGACAUGCACCAGUGCUGGCUCUGCCUAGGCACGAGCAGCGGCACCAUGGCCUGUUGGGAUAUGCGGUUCCAGCUCCCCAUCUCAAACCACUCCCAUCCUGCCCGGGCACGAAUCAGACGCCUGCUGAUGCAUCCGCUCUACCAAUCAUCUGUCAUCGCUGCUGUCCAGGGGAAUAAUGAAGUGUCUAUGUGGGACAUGGAGACCGGAGAUCGUAAAUUCACCUUGUGGGCGAGCUCCGCACCUCCACUCUCUGAGAUGCAGCCAUCUCCUCACAGUGUUCACGGGAUCUACUGCAGUCCUGCUGAUGGGAACCCGCUGCUGCUGACGGCUGGAUCUGACAUGAGGAUCAGGUUCUGGGACCUGGCGUAUCCCGAGAGGUCGUACAUCGUGGCGGGAGGAGCCAAUGACUCGCUGCACUGUCCGUCUGUCCUCUACAGCAGGAAGAUCAUUGAGGGGACUGAAGUCGUACAGGAGAUCCACAGUAAACAGAAGAGCGGCGUGGUGGAGGACUCGCCUCGCCGCGGCCCAGAAUCCCUCCCUGUGGGACACCAUGACAUCAUCACUGACAUCGCCACCUUCCAGACGACGCAGGGCUUCAUCGUCACCUCGUCCAGAGACGGCAUCGUCAAAGUCUGGAAGUGAGGUCACGCCACCGACUCACGAACAGCACACACACACACACACACACACACACACCCACAGAACAUGUGUGUACCUCAUGUGGACUCUGAUCUGUGAUGGAUUGAGACAGGAAGUGACAUCAUCCAUUCACUCGUUACAGUUUAAAUGAAUGAACUUAUCUUCAGCGUUUCCCUGUAGUUGAUGAACACCUCCUCCCGUUGGCUGCUUCUGUUGAUGCGUCACAGUCACACGUGGGUUCUUGUUCCUCCCCGUCAUAUCUACACAGCGAGGCGGCAGGUGUCAGAGAACAUUGUUAAUCUGUGCCCUCAGUACGCUUAUUUUGACUUCUGUUAAAAGACGUCAACGCUCACACAGAGUUUAACGACCAACACAUGAAGUCAUCUCAGUUUGAAUCAGAAUCACAACUUCAGUAAAUGAAAGUCGUCCACAGCGACUGUGUGAAAGAGACGAGGACGGAUGGCGUCAGAUUUAGACCCUGUCUGCAUGCACACAGGUAUUUUUGAAAACUGGUAUUUUCCUUUCAGGCUUAAAUGAAAUAUUAAGUCACUGAAGGCCAAAACACACCAGAGGCAAACGCUCACAUCAGAAAAUACGCCCCUGUUAUUCUCAGUGUACAAGUGUUUGGGAAAUGAUGACAUCAUCUCCUCAAUUUGCACAUACCCAUCUUUGCUUUGUGUCAUAAGCACGCUCCAGAAACAACAACAGCGGCGACCAACUUGUUUGUUCGUUAGCACUGUUGGUUCUAAUGAAGCUGAGGCGCCGGACGGUUCGUUACACAGAACCAUCUGAGAAGUGGAUUAGAUGAACCAUCUUUUUGUCACCGUCUAUCACACGCUAACUUCAGUCAGAUCAGAUCAUGGAGGAUAUGACGUCACAGAGACAGUCAGUGUCAACAUCUGUUUGAUGGAGAGGCCUCAGUGUCGUUCUCUGCUCUUCCUUCAUUAAAGAAACGCUCUCCUGUUCUGAUUUACUGAAGCUGCUGCAGCAUCAACGCUGACCUCUUCAGGAGCUGCGACUCUGUGCCGUCACACAGCUAAACCUCAGCUGUAGCUGCCAGUCGCUCCUCACAGGACGUCACUGCUGGUUCAGACACAAACUUGAACCUUGAUUAAAUGGAUUCUCACAUGAUCUUGUGACAUCAUGAGAAUUCAGCUGCUUUACACUGAGACUUAAUGUUGCUGCGCCACUGUGCAGACGAGCGGAGGUGUCUGCUGGGCUCAGUGUUGUUCGGUCCAGCUCAGCGUCCGCCGUUUAAAGUCCUCCAGAAACAGCAUGUUUGGAAUGUUGUCAUGGACUCCAUCACCACCGACUGACUCGACAAGCGCUUGGAGCUGUUUCUGCGCUUUAGUGUGGACAGAGAUGUUUUGUAAAGUGAAGGUCAUAUGAAUGGAUUUAUUUAUUUAUAUCAGUUUUCAGAAAUACCUGUCUACAUGUAGACAGAGCCUUUUCAGGGCACACAUUUCUCAUACAGGGAAUAAAAUCUGCAUAUUGAAGUCAAAUGAUAUAAAUCAUAGUGAAAUAUAGUUAUAUAAGAACAUGAAUUACUAAAUUAGAAAACUACUAACCACACGCUCUCUGUGACACCUGCUGCUCUCUGCAGACUCAGCGUCUGCUCCAGUCCUCUGACAGGAGGAGGUCAAACUGGUCCUGAACCUGCUCUUUACAUUUCACAUGAAAUUAUUCACAGUGGUUCACACAAAAUCUAUUGAUUUUAGCUUUUAGACGUGAUGGAUGUCGUUUCCAUGACAAUCUUUUCACGCCCCUAAAAACAGUUUAUCAGCAGCCCCAACAAUAACAUUAACACAACCAUAUGCACCUGUUCUUCAUCUCUCUGUGUCCUCUUCGGUCUGCGCUGUAGACUUUGUACAUACGUUACUUUAAAAUCUGAGUAAUAUAAAGUUUGAUUUGAAACUUGUGUAAAAUAUCAAAGAUGCAUUUUGUUGCUGCAGAAAUGUUACAAACUGCAGAUGAACCAUGUGACCUGCAUUUCAGUGUUUGUCCGUUCACUUCAAUAAACUCAGCAGCAAAAAAAAAAUCUCCUCAUG